AAGGAAGGAAGGAAGGAAGGAAGGAAGGAAGGCUUGGAGGUUGGAGAACUUAAAGUGAACUUCAGUUACGAAGAGGACAGAGACAAAGAAUACAAGUGGCUGGUCUGCGAACGAUGACGACGCUCGUUCGUUCCACGGUCAUGCGUCCACAAUUCGCCGAGCCAUGAUGCGAGAAGACAGUGAAUAUAUUAUUUCCGGUGGUCUCGGCGCUGAUUACAACGUUUCUUCCAUUAAGGCGAGCAGCGAAAAGUCCUUAGGAUCCGAGAAAACUGUAUAUUACCGCGAGCUACGUAAAUAGAAGCUGGUGCAGGACUUACUUGCGGGAACAGUGUCAGGAUAACGUCUGUCUGUUAAACGAAAAACGGUGGUUCUGUUUACACUGGAAAAAUUGACAGUUUUCGAGAAUGUACGCAAAGGGAAAGGGGACUACGGUGCCCUCGGACUCUCAAGCGAGAGAAAAGUUAGCCCUCUAUGUGUACGAAUACCUACUGCAUGUUGGCGCACAAAAGGCAGCACAGACAUUUCUGUCAGAGAUACGGUGGGAAAAAAAUAUUACUCUUGGCGAACCACCUGGAUUUUUGCAUUCUUGGUGGUGUGUAUUUUGGGACUUAUAUUCAGCGGCACCAGAACGAAGGGACUCCUGUGAACAUAGCAGUGAAGCCAAAGCUUUCCAUGAUUAUGGUUUUGUGAACAGUGGUUAUGGUGUUAAUGGCAUUGCUCAUAAUGCUGGUCCAGCGCCUUCUCCCAUAGGACAAAUGCCACCCAAUGAUGGUAUGCCCGGUGGUCCAAUGCCUCCAGCUUUUUUUCCAAACAACUCUACAAUGCGACCAUCUCCGCCCACACACCCCUCAUCACAGCCAUCCCCCCAGCACCCCCAGCCACCCCCGCCUCCACACUCGCAGAUGAUGUCCACUCAGUUUAUGGGUCCUCGGUAUCCCGCUGGACCAAGACCCGGAGUACGUAUGCCACAAAUGGGAAAUGACUUUAACGGGCCACCUGGACAACCAAUGAUGCCAAAUAGUAUGGAUCCAACUAGGCAAGGCGAAGCUGGAGAAUUUGUAGGGUGGCAAGCUCCUCCAGGCAUGAAUCCCAUGAACCCAAGGAUGAAUCCUCCACGAGGACCAGGGAUGGGCCCAAUGGGACCUGGAAGUUACGGGCCUGGAAUGAGAGGACCACCUCCUAACAGUAGUUUGGGUCCAGGAGGUCCAGGAGGUCCCGGCAUGCCUCCAAUGAGUAUGGCUGGACCAAGUGGUAGACAACAGUGGCAACCUAAUACGUCAACGCCGAUGAAUUAUUCAUCAUCGUCACCGGGUAAUUAUGGGGGACCACCUGGUUCAACAGGUCCUCCAGGCCCAGGUACACCAAUUAUGCCCAGCCCGCAAGAUAGUAGUAAUAGUGGUGGCGAAAACAUGUAUACCAUGAUGAAACCUGUACCUGGAGGAAAUAUGCCUGGUGACUUUCCAAUGAGCGGUGGGCCAGAAGGUGGUCCGAUGGGUCCUAUGGGACCGAAUACGAUGGGUCCCGUGCUGAAUGGUGAUGGCCUCGAUGGAAUGAAAAACAGUCCAGCUAAUGGCGGUCCGGGAACACCACGGGAAGAUAGUGGAAGUGGAAUGGGAGAUUAUAAUUUGGGUGGUUUCGGAGGACCUGGAGAAAAUGAUCAAACUGAGUCAGCAGCUAUACUCAAGAUCAAGGAGAGCAUGCAGGAAGAGGCAAAGAGGUUUGAAAAGGAUUCAGAUCACCCCGAUUAUUACAUACAAUAACUCGUCACGAGUCGAAUUUGGGCCCUGAGACCAAAUUAACGUUUUAAGAGAAACAAAAACCGACUCCCCUCUUUUUCUCACCUUUCUCUCUCUUUCUCUCUCUCUAUCUCUAUCUCUCUGUCUCUCUGUCUGUCUAUUUUCCUUAAAUCCGACUCUCCUGACUGCACUUAUACUCCUUCCUUUCAGAACCCCAAUCUCCUGCAAGUUCGAGUCGAGGCACUUGAAAGCGGUAUAAAGAAAAAAAAGUGAAAAAAAAAAAAAUUGUAAAAAAAAAAGAACGUUGAGCUCCUCGAGGAAAGUGCACCAGAAUAUUAUCGUAUAUAAGGAUUGAAAAAGAAAAAAAAAAGAAAAGAAAAGUGUGUUUCUCCUUUUGUGAAAGCGAAGAGGGGGAAAGGAUUACGGAAAGGACCUAACCUUUUUAACGUAGAGCAGUUGGUCGUGAACCUUCGGGGAACGUUGUUGUCGUCACGUAAGACCUCUCGUGAUUUCGCGUUGACGUACACUCUUAAGGAAACAUGGCGUCGCGGUAACACCGUGUCGUCUAACACGAACAUCGAGUCGAUCGAUGACGGUCGUUUUCUUUUGUAGGUGGUCACGGGUUCAAGAUGUUUCGAGCGUCUUUCGAGUAUCGUGUUGAGGUUAUGAAACAACCCCAGUGGCUGUGCUUCCACGCAAAAUGGUCCACGUCGUGAUAAAAUUUUUACGCCGUUACGAACGAACUCGGUUACCGCAAAACGGUGAAAUCUCAACGCCGACAAAUACAAAUUUUGUUAUCGCCAGAGGUGACGGAUAGAAAUUUUACUGUGAAAACAGUUGUAGAUUGAGAACAAGCCGAGUUCAGGGGACCUGGGAAAUCCACCCAUUCAGAAGAUACGGAAUCUUACAAUUACUGAACACAAAGAAAAUAAUGGAGAGCGAUAUGAAAGUCUCGGAAGUAACUCAAUGGAGAUAAGAACAAAAAAAAGAUGAGCAAAAGAAAAGAAAAGAAAAAAAAAAAAAAGAUGUUUUAUCUAGCACGGUAUACGUGUCUUUAUCGCAUUUUUCUUUAUCUUUCAUACGCUAGAUUCCGUAUCAUCCGAAUAAAUUUCCCAGGAGUUUGAGAAAUUUUACAGUUUUGAUCCCGAUGCGGGCCAUUAACAUGGAAGGACAGAACCGUUUCGUUAAUUUGUACAAAGUCUCUGCUACCACGCGUUAAUUAUCGAAGCAUGUUACAUUUUUCCCCGCCCCUUUUCGAGAAAUGAAAAUUGCGUGCUUUCGUUUUCGAGUUAUUCGACUUAACGCUCGAUCACGUUACACCCGCAAGUCACACAAGUGGACUCGUUUUGACGUCGUUUCCCUUUCCUCUCAAGUCGCCCCUCCUACUCCUGCAUAAGAAACCCGGUUUCGUUUCCGAGAAACGGGAAGAGACAAAUGCAAAAAAGAAAACAGAAAGGUAAUAAGUGCUUCCUUAUUGGUCCUAAGUUGAUAGAAAACCAUAUAUUUUUUGUACAGUUCGAGGAACAGUUUGAGCGGUAAAACGGGGUGAUUUUUUUACAAACGAGAAUAGCAUUUCCCCCCCCCCCCCCUCCCCCCGCUCCUCUCCUCUUCCUGUUCGCCCUUCAGUUUCACCAACUAGACGUUUUCAUGGAGUAUACUUGAGUGACGUUUCAUCGGUUCCCUCGGUGAAUAGUUUCAACGUAUAAAAUUGAAAAGAAAAAAGGAAAACUAAAUGAAUGAAGUAACCGUUACGAGAUAAAUCUGACGCAAGGGAAAAAGAUAUUCUUCCCGUACAUAUCUGUUUGUGUGUUGCGAUUCCAGUUCUCGAUGACGCACGUCGAGACGGAAAACACGCUCUGUUGAUAUCAGUUCAAUUUUGAUACAAAUGUUGUGUAGAUUCCCCUGACAGGCGCGUCGAAACUAGAUCUUCGUUUCCCGCGAUCGGGAAAUAUUUUUUUUCGAAACGAUCCUCGAAGCGAGAUCGAUCGAUACGAGAUAGGGAAAAAAAAAGAUUCGAGAUGAGAGAGAACUUACCACCAGAUUUAUAGCGUAGCACGUUCUAAGAUGAUAGAUGAUUCGCUGCAUCUUGGCCCGUAUUAUAAUAUCGCUAUUAUUUAGAUAAAAAAGAUAUUAGUAUCUUUCUUUUUUUUUCUUUUUUUCCAAGUAAAAUUUCGAUGUCGUACAUUUUAUUUAUGCAACGAAUUUAAACUAAUUACGGACACGCACGUUGUACGUGCCGAAAUGUAAAUACUUGUUAAAUUAGUACAAACAUCGAGAGAUAUUAAUUUGCCAACAGUUCGUUGGAAACGCGACUGAUCGAUCCCGCGCAAGAUUGUACGUCAGCGCAAGCGAUCUGCGAGCACAAAUACCUACCUGUACUCGUUUUCUACCGUGGCAUCGUUCUACGGUCAGAUCUGUCUGGCUAUUCCUUCCGAAAGAAAGAAAGAAAGAAAGAAAAAAAAGAAAAGAAGCAUCAAUAUCUUCCAUGAUCAUACACGUAUACAUACAUACCUGAGAGAAGAGAUCCACAUGCGAGAGCGCAACGCCUUUGUGCUUCUUUUUCCUGUCAGUUUACGAAGAAUGCGAUUUAGAAAAAAAACAGAAGUCCCCCCGAUAGAUGUUGGUGUUGUUAGAGAGUGGUAUCCACGACACGCGCGGGACAGAGGAGAAGUGGGUUUUUAAUUUAUUUACAAGAGGGGAUAAGGAACUAGAUACAUAUAUCGUUCGAUCGUGUCGUGUAUAGAGCAUGCAGCAGUGCUACGCUAACUGACCCGAGGAGGAUUUUAGUCCCCUCAGCGUCGCUAUUAUCCACCGAUUUUGCGGAAUUUCGAAGAAUUUCUCUCUUAUUGUAGCAGUCCUCGCGUAACUGACCAACUGUCGGGACUCAGUCAGUCAAGCGAUAUGGCGGUAUUGCAGGAAUUGACAUCGAAAGAAAGAGUGGGGAUGAGCAUCAACCAAUAGGCGUUACGUUUCACGCGGCCGCGUCUAUAAGGUAGCGUAGAGUGGGGGUAGUCCCAAUUCCUGGAAUUGGUGGGGGGGUAAGCGCAACGGUCAGUUACGAGGGGACUGCUGUACUUGAUGUGCGUGAAGUAAGCCACUAUACCGGUUAAUCAAUAUAUCUCGUUCAAUAGAGGAAAAGAGAAUGCCUGGAGAUCCAUUUUAGAAGUGUAUCCUCAUCGAUAACUAGUUAUGUAUGUAUGUAACUAAUCGAAAACCUGAUUCGUGGCCAAUUAGCGGAGCUACUGCUCGGUACACAGACGAAAGACGAAAACGACGCUGCAAAAGUCAGUCAGACGUGAUCGUAAACGUCGAAAGCGACGAUCUUUACAACGCAUCCGCGUUUAAGGAAGGAUUUUUCACGGGCAUUGUUAACAGUCGAUAAAGUCGUUGCAAUCACGUCGGUGGAUCAGAUUUUUAUUUAGCUUGAGAAGCGCACAGUAACUGAAAGGCUGCAGUAGCAUUAUUUCCGAGAG